UUUUGUUGGUCGUGAAAGAGAACGUUCACUGGACAGUAUUGGAAAAUUUUUUGAAUCGGGUAAACAUCCGCUUUGAGGAAAGUGUUAUUUGCUUUGAUUUGAGAGAUCUUUGCUGUUUAUUUGCGUAUAAAGUGGAAUUACCCGAGAUGUGCUUAGUAUUAGUGUGGAUUACGGCAAUGCAUUAACAAACGAAUUUAAAACAUUGAACAUUUUCCGAAUUUCACAUUGGAUUACGUUAUUUAUUGAUUUGAAACACGAAGACUAAUUAAAUGUUACCCAAAGAUGGCUGUGUGGAUGGAAACCUUUUUCUUUAUUUGUUCGGUUCGUCUUGGUGUUAUUAUAGUUUGUAUAACGGCGAUGAUUCAAGCUUUGGUACAGCUCUUGUAUCUUAGCAUAAGUGGGUAUGACAUAUUACAACUGUAUAUUUUUGAUCCUAUCGAGGCAAAUGCUGAAAUGAAGGAACAAUUUCCUUUGAAUUUUGUUAUGAAGUUUUUCGACAAGGAUGCAGCUAAAUUAGGAUCGUUCAUGAUUACUGGAUCAAUAAUCGUCAUAAUAGCAAGUAUCCUUGGAAUUAUAGGAGCUUUAAAGCUUUAUAAAUGGCUUUUGAUUCCGUUGAUCAUUGUGGAAUUUGCUCGCUUUAUAAUGCUAUUGUCAACACAUAUUACCGUAAUGAUACUCUGGAAGAAAAAGUUGAAUUUAGGGGUACUGAUCGCUGCAACUGUAGCUGGUGGUUUUCUUUUACUGUUAAUUGGCUACAUGUGGGCUGCCGUGGUAGCGUUCUUUCAAAUUCUUCAACUGAUCAGAACGGACAAAUAUAAAGCACUGUACGGCGACGAUCCCUUACAUCCACGCUGGAAUUCUAUCGAACAUUCAAAUCAAGCGGUUGAAAAAGUUCGUAUGUACAAAACACCGAAUUUCGAUCAAAUUACCCCCUUGAAAAAUGAAAGAACCACCAUCGCGAAAAAACAACCACCAUUCAAAGACAAAGCUAUUACAACGAUUCAAAUAAAUGAACCCAAUAUCGAGCAGGCUGUCCGGGAAUUUCGUAAUUGGUACGGCCAUGAGUUGCCUGUUAUGCGAAAGUCAAACCUCAUCAGGUUCGCGUGAAAAAGGAAAAUUAAAAUGGAAACGAGAAGAAAUUGUUGAAUGCAAAUAAGGCGGAGACGUAAUUUUCGACCAGGAAAAAUUUGAAUGUUGUGUUGGGAUUUUUAAUUAAUGCUGGAAUAUUUGGGAGAGGUCAGAUGCAGAAUGCUCCCUUUUUAUCUUCUUUCGAAAAAAGAGGUUCAGUCUUUUCGGAGCAUAUUUUUAUGUAUAUCUGAAUAAUCAGUACUUUCUUUUGUGAAAGAUACAUACUCCAAUGCAUAAGCAUUUAAGAGCGACACAAUGAGGAUG